UGGGAGGUGAAUGGCAUUCCAGUGCCACAGGCCAGUUUCCACUUGAAAAGUCUGGGUUUCCGCCCACUGAUCUCUGUGGUGGCUGAACGGCGUCUGCACAGUUGCUGCUUUUCAGAAAGACUCUGAGUGGGUCCAACAUGGCAUCCCAGCCACUCUGCCUGAGGUUGACGUUCCUGGUUGUCGUGGUAAUGCUUCUUCCAGAUGUGUCCACUGAGAUUCGCUUCCACAACAUCCUGAGGAAAAGAGACGUGGCAGAAACUGGAAAACACCCGUCCGACUCAUCCAUCGCUGUUCCGUCUUCCAAGGCCAAAGAAUUCCUGCUGAAGCUGAACAGAUCCAAGAGGAAUAUUUGGGAUCGAAGCAGACCGGACGUCCAGCAGUGGAUCAUGCAGUUUAUGCAGCUGGGAUAUGAUGAGCAGAGGCUGGAGGCUGACCUCUCAUACUGGAUGGACCAAGCCCGAGCCAGCGACUACGGCCGCCAGCAUCACUACGACGAGAACUCGCCAUACGGACCAUGAAACACAAAAAGAUGUCAAAACCCAACCAGUAUAAUCCAAUAACUCCAAGUAAUCUACAUGUAUCUCUAAUCUGAGUGAACUGUGGGAUCUACUCAGAAAUGUGUUGGGAUUUACCUGCUUGUAAAUAAAGAUUUCCUACACAGA